GCCAUGAAGGACGAGGCAGUGGGGUAGGCCACAGGGACAUUUUUUUUUUUUGCCUCAUUGCAGGGGGAGGGAGGGGAAUUGGGAAACGGGGAUCCUCAGGGUCAUGGGGGGCAAUCUGAGUGGGGCUCCUGGGUGAAUCCAUUCCCCCCACCCCCCAGAACUUCAGGGGGGGGUGGGGGGCAGAGGAAGAGGAGGAGUAUGGCUCGGGGUGGGACAGGGGUGGAGGAGGCUUCCCUCCGCUCCAAUGCCCUGUCAUGGCUGGCCUGUGGAAUGCUGGCCCUCCUGGCCAACGCAUGGAUCAUCCUCAGCAUCUCCGCCAAGCAGCAGAAACACAAACCCCUGGAACUACUGCUCUGCUUCCUGGCUGGCACUCACAUCCUCAUGGCAGCGGUGCCCCUCACCACUUUUGCGGUGGUGCAGCUCCGGCGCCAGGCCUCUUCUGACUAUGACUGGAAUGAGAGCAUUUGCAAAGUUUUCGUCUCUACUUACUACACGCUGGCCCUAGCCACCUGCUUCACCGUGGCCUCGCUCUCCUACCACCGGAUGUGGAUGGUUCGCUGGCCAGUCAACUACCGGCUCAGCAACGCCAAGAAGCAGGCCCUGCAUGCUGUCAUGGGCAUCUGGAUGGUCAGCUUCAUCCUGUCCACACUGCCUUCCAUCGGCUGGCACAACAACGGCGAGCGAUACUACGCCCGCGGCUGCCAGUUCAUCGUCUCCAAGAUCGGGCUGGGUUUUGGGGUCUGCUUUAGCCUCUUGCUGCUCGGUGGCAUCGUCAUGGGGCUGGUGUGUGUGGCCAUCACCUUCUACCAGACGCUGUGGGCCCGACCCCGUCGGGCAAGACGGGCCCGGAGAUCCGGGGGCAGAGAAGGGUCAAGAGGGGGAGGUACCGGGGGCCUAGGAAGCCGGCCAGCAUUCGAAGUCCCAGCCAUCGUAGUGGAGGAUGCCCGGGGGAAGCGCCGGUCUUCACUGGAUGGCUCUGAAUCGGCCAAGACGUCCCUGCAGGUCACCAACUUGGUCAGCGCCAUCGUCUUUCUCUACGAUUCACUCACUGGGGUGCCUAUCCUGGCAGUGAGCUUCUUCUCACUGAAGUCGGACUCUGCGCCCCCAUGGAUGGUGCUGGCUGUGCUAUGGUGCUCCAUGGUACAGACUCUGCUCCUGCCCUCCUUCAUCUGGUCCUGUGAGCGUUACCGAGCCGAUGUGCGCACCGUGUGGGAGCAGUGUGUGGCUAUCAUGUCCGAGGAAGAUGGCGAGGAUGAUGGAGCCUGCAAUGACUAUACUGAUGGCAGGGUCUGCAAAAUUCGUUUCGAUGCUAAUGGGGCUGCUGGGCCAGGGAGCCAAGACCCUACCCAGGUGAAGAUGCUGACUGGGAGGCACAUGCUAUUUCCUCCUCAUGAAAGAGUCCACUAUUUGCAGGUCCCAUUGUCCAGACGACUAUCCCACGAUGAGACCAACAUCUUCUCUACCCCUCGUUCACCUGGCUCCUUCCUGCACAAGUGGUCGUCUUCAGAUGAUAUCCGGAUAAUCCCAUCCUCAAGCCGGGAAUUGGGAGCACUCAGGGGCAUGGAAGAUGAUGAAGAAGAAUCUGGGGCAUUAGCCAAUCUGCAUCAGUUCCUGGAAAGCAGAAUGCUAGGAGGAUGUGGAGGACCUCCAAGGGGCCCUGGCUUCUUCCGGGAUGAAAUCACUACCUUCAUUGAUGAAACACCCUUGCCUUCUCCUGCAGCUUCCCCAGGUCCCUCUCCCCGACGACCCCGGGCCCCAGGUCCUUUACCCCGUCGUCUUUCCCUAGGGUCCCCUGAUACUGGGGUGACUGGAGUGUCUUCGGGGCUAUAUACAGGGAGGCGGUGCUCCCUCAAUGGAGUUGAGGGGGACCCACAGGCUUGGGGAGGAACUUGGGGCCCAAACACACCUAUAUUUCCCCCAUUCAGCCUGUGA